UCCCGGGCUUCGCUUGCGUCCCAGGAAUCAACAAACCAAACCAAGAAGAUGAGUAGGAAACGCCCACUGCGCACUUGUGCGGUUUCUGUUUUGAUGAUAGCUAACCAAGCCUGCACCAGAGUUCAAGGUAUACAUGGACCUUUAGGCACAGUGGCAAAGGUGGUAGCAAAAUUUGCAACAUUUGCCAGCCCUAUUAUUAUUUUGAUGCGAUAUCAGUGGAUCAUAAUGGUACUCCUCUCAUUUGUUGAUUAUAUAAUACUAGCCGUUGAAAAUGUGAUUGAGAGACUUUACCCUCCAUCAAACAUUGUGUUCAACAAGAUUGAUGACUUGGUUCAAGUCGUAGAAACCCUCCCGGAAAAAUUAGAUCAAGCAAUGAACAAGCUCCCCUCUUCUAUCCAUUCUAUCCACCCAGGUUCGGUUUUGGAUUGGGGAUUGUUUCGUGCCAUUACGAUGCUGAAUUUUGUUAGUAGUACACUGACUGGCUGGAGAAUGUUAAAGGGUGCAAGGGAGAAGGAGAUUGUAGUUGAUACCAGCUGCAGGAAUAAUAAUAAUAACAAUAGUCAUCGUCAUAAUACUAAUGAAGCAGAUGGGGCAAAAGCUAAUGGAGCUACGGAGCAGCUUAUAGAUUCCUCAUCAAAGCAUGAUGCUAAAGGUGGUGAGGCUAAUAAUAAUAAGAAUAUGAAGAGUAAUCGUAGUACUCCUAGUACUACUCCUCCUCUUGGUACUCCACCUCAUGGUGCUGUUAUGAAGGGUAGUUACAAGGAAGCUCUAACCAAGGGGAAAAAAGAAAGGAGUGAAAGUAAAAAAGAAGAAAACAAGUACAAAAAGAACGGCAAAGAAAGUAAAACAAAAAGAGAGAAGCACCACAGCAAGAAAGAAGAGAAAUCUGCUGCUGCUGAUGAUGUUAACAAUCGAGGCAAUAGUGAGGAUGAUGAAAUCCUAGACUUGUUUGACUCGGCAUGGCUAAUGAACCGGAGGAGAAAUUUUGGAAAAGCGCCACGGUCGGUAUCAUUUCACGGGGUUUAUUAA